AAAAACAAAAAAAAAAUUAAACAAGCAAAAUUAUAUUUAUCCUUUGGACGUUUUAUUUAAAUUAACGGCUUAGUUUUAAUCACAAUGUCUGUAUAUAAAAGAUUCACCCUCAAGAAAAAGAAGAGGGAAGGCAGCAAUGCAGAAGAUGAUGAACCUCGUAGCUCCUCAGAUGGCGAGGUGAUACCAAAGCAGCCGCUCGAGGGCGAAAUGCCAACAUUCUUUCACGUCGGCAAAUGGGCCAAACAGUGCCUAACAACCGGCUAUGACUUCGGUGCCUGGCAUAUCGAUUGCACCACCAAUGUUAGCGAAAAGCUUGGCCUAUAUAGCUUUGGGUCCGCCAGGCCGGACGUCAGAAAUGUUGCCGGCGGCGUCGGCAUUCGAGAGAAACUGGGCAUAUUCAAUCUGUAUCAGACAUGGCAGACUAAUGGCCUAUUGAGCACGCUUGGCGUACGAACCGAAGCAGCUGGUGGCCUGGCGAAUGCCAUGCUGCGGGCCACAUAUAUUCCACAGAACAAUGAUGGUGUCAACGUUGAACUCUAUACCGGCUACGAGCGUCCGCCGGUCAAGUUAGAUGUAAUCAUACCAGUGUUGAACGUGCCAAAGUUUAUGGGCUAUGUGCUGCUACACCUGGCCGAUAAUUACAUGUUCGCCUACCGUAGUGUCUACAAUAUUAACGACAUGGAGUUCGAGAAGCAUGUGCUAUGUGUGGGCUAUCAGAAUGAGAACACCGAAUAUGGCCUCAAACUGGAGAACUUCAAGGAACUGCGUGGUUCCUUAUUCCAGCGCGUGGGCGAGCGCUGGGCAUUUGCCCUGAAGGCGCAUCUGUAUCGAGAGCAGGGAAGGCAUUUUUCGGUUGGCGGUCAGUACAAGAUCCAUGAGGAUGGACUGCUCAAGAUGCGGGUGCGCGAAAAUGGCUUCAUGGGUUUGGUCUACCAGGCGAUACUCAGCGAAAAUAUUGACGUAAUGUACCACGUCGGUAUUAAUGCCAAAUCACCUCUCGAUGGCAACCAUAAAUUUGGUGUUGCGUGGAGCUUGAAGUGUUAAUUAAAUAACUUUUUAUCGAUUUAUAUGCUCGACAUUUUGUACUCUAAAUAAAACUGUUUUCUAAACAAGGCUCA